AUGACCAUUGGCUCUUUAUUUCCGGGCGUUUCCGGCGAGCAAAGUUCCGCCGAUGCGCUGUGCGCACAUCUGAAGCGUGCUCUUGGUUUGGUUUCGGAGACACGUGAAAGCUCAAAGACAGCAGCCGCAGAAGGCAGUGAAGUAUCGGACACACACGUCGAUCACGUCGCUGUUCCCUCUACAGGUUUUGAUGAGACUGAAUUUGUGGAACCUUCUCCACUGACAAGUCAUGUCUCAAUUCACUUGCCUAAGAGCACAGUAUCUCUGGAUGCUUCUUCAUCAGAUGUUGACUCUUCUGUUUCUGGGUAUCGAAGGAAGUACUUGCAAAAGCACCCUCGUGUGAACCCUGAACUGUUGGACCGGGCGUUGUCGGAUUGUUAUGGUCGUUUUGUGGCUCUUCUUCCUGAAGAGAUACUGCGCGAUCAUGUACAUCUGUGUUUUUACCUUCGAGAUGCGUACUGGUGGUACUGUGACAAGUGGGUGAUACGUCACCCGGAAGAGCUGGGUCAUAUGCGAUUUAGCAAUUUUAUUUCACUUGUCUGCCGAGACUGUCCUCUUCUAAGUUCGUAUGUACGUGAAGCAGAGGAGAAAGAGUUGAUAAGUGCCUGGUCAAAAUAUAAUCGACGUAUCCCUCUUCGUGGUGGUAUUUUGUUGAACGAGGCAUGUGACAAGAUCUUAUUAGUUCAAAGCUACCAGAGCAAACAUUGGACGUUUCCUCGUGGCAAGAGUGACGAAUCUGAGGAUGACAGUGCUUGUGCUGUGCGUGAGAUUUUGGAGGAGGUUGGCACCGACGUUAGCCAUUUGAUUCACCCUGACGUUUACCUAGCCGGGGAGGUUGAGUGUCGCAAUAUUAAACUAUUUUUCGUGCCUGGCGUUAGUGAGGACGAGAAAAUGCGUCCCAUGACAGACUAUGAGAUUUCUGAUGUCAAGUGGGUAUCGUUUCAGUUGCUAGAGGACAUUGUGAACAAGCGGACGCCAAGGUUCAUGACAUAUCACGUAAAACCAUUUGUGCGUGGUAUUUUGGAUCUGGUACAAGAGUUUCGAUCUGGAAAUUUGCGUGAACACUUUCCGAUUGCUUACGCAUCAUAUCUACGUGUACGCAACUCGUCCGCUCCUCGCCGACCGCCUUUGGGCGAUUCACAGAGCGUUAAGCGUGACAAGCCGGUACGCCAAUUCGAUGAUCAUUGCAAAGAGACUUUUGGUGAGAGCAGUGGCUGGUCAGCGGACGAAAUGUUCCGUGUGAACCGUGAAAAAUUCGGGGUUGAGUCUACGUACAAAGACGCGACUCCUGAAAUCAUCUCCUCUGUAAAAUCGCAAAGGGAGUUGAUUCCAUUUGAAUUGGCGGUCGGUGCGAUGGCGACGGUGACAACGACGAUUAAGACCGAGCUCUGCUCUUUUAGUGACUACAGGGUUUACCCUGGCCGUGGUCAGAAGUUUGUGGCCCGGGACGGGAAGGUGUACUUUUUCCUUAGCUCUAAGUCCGCAUCUCUCCACAAGCAGCGCGUGAAGCCUGCCAAGAGCUGGCGUAAGGCCAACAAGAAGUUCCAGACGGAGGUGUCCCACCGUCGUCGUUCUAAGAAGGCCGCUAGAUACCAGAAGGCAUUUCUGGGUCUUAGCCUUGAGGAGUUGAAGGCCAAGCGUGCUACUGCCGCUAAGGCGAAUGCUAAGAUGGCGAUGAUCGCCGAGGCCAAGGAGAAGGCUAAGAAGCUCAAGGGUGCCAAUGUUAAGGCCCCGGGUGCCGCUCAGGCCAGGCAGGCGGCUGUCCCAAAGAAGAUCACUAAGACUGCUAUGCGCAAGUAA